AUGCGAUUUGAAUUCUUGCUGCCAUAUUCUCUGGACUAUAACCCCAUUGAACUGGCAUUUUCAGCCAUGAAACACCACCUUCGUCGUGAUAAGCUGAGACUUCAAAUGGCAACAGAGGGCCGUGAUGACGCUGAUGUUUUUGCUGUAUUGAAUGAUGCGAUAUUUACUGUGACACUGAAUGAUGUAGCAGGAUGGUUUCAUAAAUGUCAAUACUUAUAA